AUGACGCAAUUUCUUACAUUGAUAAAUAUGGGAUUUACAGAAGGAGAUUGUUAAUNUAUGGUGUUGUUGAAGUAUAUUGUUAUUUCAUAUUUUAUCUAGGCUGUCAAAGUUUUAAAUUCUUAAUUUAAAUUCAUGUGCUUAGUUAAAAUGGAAAGUUUGA